AGAUAAAGGGAGGUUGUAAUCAUUUGUAUCCUAUUCCAGUGUUUUUUUUUUGUUUUACUGAUAGCUAAUUUGUAACUGGCCUUUGGAUAUGCGUAUAAAACAAGGAAUUGGGUGGAGUAGCCAAGGGACUGAGGGAGGAGUCUGAAAGGAAGGGCACAGACUGAAGGGAGGGGUUGUGUUUUUGUCUUCAGCUGGAAUGAGACAAGACUGAGCAAAUGCCUCGAGCUUGAUAGUACACUUUUUAAUUCUGCUGUCUUUUUUUACCUUGGUUUAUUACUUGCGGAGGGCAUUGAAACUCUAACACUGCUACAAUGGAUAAAUUCCAGAAUGUCCUGCGUUUCUUCAUGAACCAGAAAGCCACAAUUGGCUACAGUUUUAUGGCUCUCCUGACGAUAGGCGGGGAGAGAGUCUUCUCCAUGGUCUCCUUUCAGUGUCCAUGCAACCACGACCAGAACUUUGCCUAUGGAAUCACAUUCCUGCUCGGACCCGCUGCUGUGCUUCUGGUUUUGGGUCUGUUCUUCAGUGCUAGGUUGUGGAGGCUUUACACUGGUUGCUGCCUCAAUCCCAUGAAACUGUGUCCGCGCGGAAGAUGCUUCGGAUGUGUUCGAGUGUUGAUGAGCAUCUUUACAGGGGCUUGUGUAGCUCCUAUUAUGUGGCUCUCCGUUGCCCUGCUCAACGGGACAUUUUAUGAGUGCGCUGUCAGCGGUCUCAAUGACAACCUGGUGGUGGAUCUGUUCUGUAAGAACAAGACCAUGAAGUGUCGGGAGGAGUUAGCCAGAGUUCCCUGUGGCAGGUCCAAGCUAACUGAAGAAGACCGCAUGGAUCUGCUGCUGAUGUUCAGGGCCCAAUCUCAGAUUCUGGGCUGGUGGAUCAUCAUCAUCGCAGCCACGUUUGGGCUCAUUGGUACUUGCUACACCAACUGCCGUUCCCAAGUCAGCUACUUGCAGCUCACAUUCUGGAAACGCUACGUGGAAAAAGAAAGAGAGCACUUUGACACCUACAGUGUGGAGUAUGCCUCCAAACUGGCUGAAAGAAACCUAAAAAGUUUCUUUGAGAACAAGGAUCCUGAACUGUUCCCUUUCCCCAACCACAAGGCAUGGGAGGAGAUUUCUACACUCUACACCUUUUCAAGGAGCGAACAAUAUUACAGUACCCUACACCAUUACGUGGAGAGAGUAGACAGGGACUUUGCACCAGAGAAGAGACCUGUCAUGGACAUGGAGCAUGGAAUUGAAAUGACAUAGAAAUGUUCAUUUUAUUUUAUUAAGUUUAUUUAUAUGAGUCUUUCAUAACAGUUUGUUAUGAAGUGUGACUAACGGAGCUGACUGGGAGAGGUCACAACCACUUACUUCUUUAAUGUUUGUUUUUUAGUCUAAAAAAUCGAUACUUAGAAUACAAACAUAAAUACACCGUAGUAUAUAACAUUAUAUAACCUAAUAGGUUGUGAAUUGUAUUUAUUUAUUCUACGACUGACAAUACUGUGUUUCUGGUUUUCAUUGACACCUCUACAUUCCAAGUGUGGAUAAUUAUCUUAAAGAAUUUGUUCCUGCUUUUGUACAAAAAAAGUAAUUAAAUUUAAAAACUUUAAUUUGCACAAGGUCAACAGAACACUUCAUUUUUAACUCGGUAGUAUUUAAAGUAGUUCAACAUACAUUCGUAAAUCUGUGUGAGCAGAUGUGUAUGUAUUUUGUUUGUGUAAUAAUAUAUACAGUAGUUACUUGAUUUGUAUUAGUUGGGAUUCCCAAAGU